AUGGCUGAGGCCGACUUGGUCAUCUUUGUCAUUGCACUCAACCAGAGGAUGUCCUCUGUCUCUCUCAACACUCAAUCAUCAUCACCAUCAUACAUACUCUACAACUACAUCAACAACAACAACAUCUACAUCACCAUCAACAUCAACAUCAACAUCAACAACUAUUGA